GGGGGAGGGAGGUAGGUAGGUGGAGAGAGAAGAGCUCGCCGCCACCGAGGGCGGAGGAGGGAGCACGGGCCCGGAUCCACGCCGCCGGGUGCCCAACGGUCGGCGUCCCCGGCUGAGGCAGCGCGGCCGCGGCAGCCCCGUUUGAUCUGUGGAUGAAAUGAAUCAUGAUUUUCAAGCUCUUGCAUUAGAAUCUCGGGGAAUGGGAGAGAUGCAGAAAAAGAGUCCAGUCACUCCUCUGGGCCACAAGAGGGCACCCUGCAGCUAGCUAACCCUCCCCUUCUCCAGAACAGCGUUUUCCAAAGAGUUUGUCAUUUUCAGAGGACUGAUUUAAGGGCUGCAGGGAACCUUCAGGGAUUUCCUUCUUUGCCUGUCUCUCUCUUACCAGUCUUCUCCCUUCCUGACAGCUUUUGCCUACCAAAAAGUUUUGGGAACCUGAUGAUUCAACAAAAGAUGGACAAAAAGGCAUAUUUCUUGGGGAUGACGAAUGGAGAGAGACUGCAUGGGGAGCUUCUCAAAGAAAGAGGAGAGACACCACAGCACCGCUCCACCAUCUGUGGAACUUCCCCGGUGCUGUGAUGCUCCCAUGUGGUGCCAGGACUAGAACCCAGGGCCUCGCAGAUGACCAUUCAAUGUCCCAGCCUAUUAUGGUCCAGAGAAGAGCUGGACAGGGUUUUCAUGGAAACAGUGAAGUAAAUGCAAUACUGUCUCCGCGAUCAGAAAGUGGAGGCCUUGGUGUGAGCAUGGUCGAAUAUGUACUAAGUUCUUCUCCUGCUGAUAAAUUGGAUUCUCGAUUUAGGAAGGGAACUUUUGGCACUAGAGAUGCUGAAGCAGAUGGAUCUGAGAAAGGAGAUCAGAAGGGCAAGGCUUCUCCAUUCGAGGAGGACCAAAAUAGAGACCUUCAACAAGGAGAUGAUGAGGAUUCUAAAAUAAAUGGCAGAGGUUUGCCAAAUGGAAUGGAUGCCGAUUGCAAAGAUUUUAAUCGUACUCCUGGAAGUCGUCAAGCCUCUCCAACUGAAGUAGUUGAACGCCUGGGUCCCAAUACUAAUCCCCCAGAAGGAUUGGGGCCUCUUCCUAAUCCUGCAGUCAGUAAACCACUUGAGGAAUUUUCAAAUCCUGAAACUCAGAAUCUGGAUGCCAUGGAACAAGUUGGUCUGGAUUCUUUACAAUUUGAUUAUCCUGGUAAUCAGGUACCAAUGGACUCUUCAGGAGCUACUGUAGGCCUUUUUGACUACAAUUCCCAGCAGCAGCUCUUUCAGAGGACGAACGCUCUGACGGUCCAGCAGCUCAGCGCGGCCCAGCAGCAACAGUAUGCUCUGGCCGCCGCCCAGCAGCCCCACAUAGCUGGUGUGUUCUCAGCAGGCCUUGCUCCAGCUGCGUUCGUGCCAAAUCCAUAUAUUAUCAGUGCUGCUCCUCCCGGGACUGACCCUUACACUGCAGCGGGAUUGGCGGCGGCAGCGACACUAGCAGGUCCGGCAGUGGUUCCACCUCAGUAUUACGGUGUUCCGUGGGGGCUAUAUCCGGCCAAUUUAUUUCAACAACAAGCUGCGGCUGCAGCAAACAGCACAGCGAAUCAGCAGGCAGCGUCACAAGCUCAGCCUGGACAGCAACAGGUUCUCCGUGCUGGAGCAGGUCAGCGCCCUCUCACCCCCAGUCAGAGCCAGCAAGGACAGCAAGCAGAGUCACUUGCAGCUGCAAAUCCAACUUUGGCUUUUGGUCAGGGUCUUGCUACUGGUGUGCCAGGCUAUCAAGUUCUGGCUCCGACUGCCUAUUAUGAUCAGACUGGUGCCUUAGUGGUUGGCCCUGGAGCAAGGACUGGCCUCGGAGCUCCAGUUCGAUUAAUGGCUCCAACGCCUGUUUUAAUUAGUUCAGCAGCAGCACAAGCUGCAGCAGCGGCGGCAGCAGCUGGAGGAACUACAAACAGUCUCACAGGCAGCACAAACGGUCUGUUCCGGCCCAUUGGCACUCAGCCGCCACAGCAGCAGCAGCAGCAGCAGCCGCCAAGUACCAACCUGCAGUCCAGUUCUUUUUAUGGGAGCACUUCUCUGACUAGCAGCUCCCAGAGCACUUCUCUGUUUUCUCACGGACCUGGCCAGCCUGCAAGUACAUCUCUUGGCUUUGGAAGCAGUAACUCCUUGGGGGCUGCUAUAGGCUCGGCCCUCAGUGGAUUUGGCUCAUCAGUUGGCAGUUCUGCAAGUAGUAGUGCCACAAGGAGAGAGUCUGUACCUACUAGCUCUGACUUGUACAAAAGAUCUAGUAGCAGCCUAGCACCCGUAGGGCAGCCAUUUUACAGUAGUCUGGGAGUUUCUUCCUCUCCAAGUCCAAUAGGCAUGCCUCUGCCAAGCCAGACUCCAGGACAUUCACUUACGCCACCGCCAUCACUUCCAUCACAUGGAUCCUCAUCCAGUGUGCAUUUAGGAGGACUGACAAAUGGCAGUGGUCGGUACAUCUCUGCAGCGCCCGGAGCAGAAGCCAAGUACCGGAGUGCCUCAGGCACGUCCAGCCUCUUCAGCUCCGGCAGCCAGCUGUUCCCUCCUUCCCGGCUGCGGUAUAACAGGUCUGACAUCAUGCCCUCUGGCCGAAGUCGAUUGCUAGAAGAUUUCAGAAACAAUCGCUUCCCAAACCUUCAACUUAGAGACUUGAUCGGACAUAUAGUUGAGUUUUCCCAAGACCAGCAUGGUUCUCGAUUCAUACAGCAGAAGCUUGAGAGAGCUACUCCGGCUGAGCGACAGAUGGUGUUCACUGAGAUUCUGCAAGCAGCCUACCAAUUGAUGACAGAUGUUUUUGGCAAUUAUGUGAUACAGAAAUUUUUUGAGUUCGGGAGCUCGGAUCAGAAAUUAGCCCUGGCUACUCGUAUUCGAGGUCACGUUCUACCCUUGGCCUUGCAGAUGUACGGCUGCCGGGUCAUUCAGAAAGCGCUAGAGUCUAUUUCACCUGACCAGCAGGUAAUUAGUGAAAUGGUGAAAGAGCUCGAUGGCCACGUGCUCAAAUGCGUGAAAGAUCAGAACGGGAACCACGUCGUACAGAAGUGUAUUGAGUGUGUCCAGCCACAGUCGCUGCAGUUCAUCAUCGACGCGUUCAAAGGACAGGUCUUCGUGCUUUCGACGCAUCCCUACGGCUGCAGAGUGAUCCAGCGCAUCCUGGAGCACUGCACCGCGGAGCAGACCUUGCCCAUCCUGGAGGAGCUCCACCAGCACACGGAGCAGCUGGUCCAGGAUCAGUAUGGCAAUUAUGUCAUUCAGCACGUGUUGGAACAUGGGCGCCCUGAAGACAAGAGCAAAAUUGUUGCCGAAAUCAGAGGAAAGGUCUUAGCUCUGAGUCAACACAAGUUUGCCAGCAAUGUAGUAGAAAAGUGUGUCACUCACGCUUCCCGUGCUGAGCGAGCUUUGCUCAUUGAUGAAGUUUGCUGCCAGAAUGACGGUCCUCACAGUGCCUUAUACACCAUGAUGAAGGACCAGUACGCCAACUACGUCGUUCAGAAGAUGAUCGACAUGGCCGAGCCCGCUCAGAGGAAGAUAAUCAUGCACAAGAUUCGACCUCACAUCACUACUUUGCGUAAAUACACAUAUGGGAAGCAUAUUCUGGCCAAGUUGGAAAAAUAUUAUCUAAAGAAUAGCCCAGACCUGGGGCCUAUUGGAGGACCACCCAACGGAAUGCUGUGACAGGAAGGGCAGAGGAGGCAACGUGACCGUGUGGAAAGUGUUGCUUUUGUGAAUUAUCAAAACACAACUCAACUAUGAAUCUUCAAUUUUUUUUUAAAGCAAAACUAUUUAUUGACUGUAUUCAUCCAUUUGUAAAGUUUUUAAGGUUCAUGUGUAUAUUUGGGGGGUGGGGUGGUGAAUUAUAAAUGCUCUUCAGCCCUGAGUGGAGACCUAUCAGAUUGGAUCGCUGGCAAAGCACAGAACGCCUGUAUAUGAUGUAACUGUAUCAAAAAAUAAUGCUGUCACAUAUUUUGUAAAUUUUUACCUUGUAAAGUUACAAAAAUAGUUUUUAAAGGAAAAAGUCCAGUAUUCUUUUAAUAAACUGGCUUGCAGUCUGGUAGGGCAACAGACCCACAGCACAACAGGUUUAUAGACAUGUAUAUAGAAUAUAGGCCUUAUUUUUUUUUUUUUUUGUCCUUUGUGUGAAGCCUUUUAUAACAGAUUCCAAUCAACUGCAUAAAUAUUACUGAUGUUUUAAAAUGAAAGUUAAGUUGUAUUUUGGUAAUUCACAAAGUAUCAUGCAAAUAAAAAAGCAAGUAAGACAAAAAUUAAAUGAUUUGAGAUGAAAAGAACUUAUAUUACUUAGAGGGUUGUGGUUUGAGUACAGAUACUGCCCCGAAAGGAAUCUGGCAAUGUACAGAAGCACUGUGUGUCUACACUUAGGCGGGUGACCCGGGAGGGGCAGGAAUCAUGUGGAAACUUCCAUCCAGCUAAGUGCACUCGAUGAAAAGCCGAGUCUCCGUGCUGACUUUUCGGGUUUGGUUCACAAUGAGGAAGUAGAAAUUUUGUAUAUCGUUUUGCUUAUAGAAUUAUGAAGACAUGUCCAAGUGUGGGGCUUUAUUUUACUUUUCACUAGUAGAUUCAGGAAGUAGGAACCAGGUAGGCGAAAUGGGGCCGCUGAAAAGCGAGUUUGCGAGCUCAGCCUUUAAGCAUGACUACAUAUUCAGACAGUUUCUUUUGCUUCCUGUAAGUGUGUGUAUGCAUUGUGUGUGUAGCGGUAGGUGUAAGUUUCACACUUUCAAAGCCGAUCUUGUUUCGAUGUUGAUCCCAAAGCCUUGCUGACUUAGUAGUGGCGCUUUCCUUGGCUGUACAGGUGUACAUUUGUAAGCCUUCACGCUGUAAAUGGAUUUGUUUGAUCUCUUGGGGAAACAUUUGCAUUUUAGUGCACACUUUUGUCCUUGCCCUCUUUGACCUGGCAUAUAGUGUUGUAUAAUGUAAAUUUAUUUCUCCUAAUCGAGAGUGAUUUUUUAAAAAAUUUUUUAUCUUUAUAUGGUAACAGAAGUAUGAAGCAGCUUUCUUUUUAUUAUCGUGAGGGACAUUUUGUUCUAUAACGUAGCCGUUGACUCUGGUAACAGAGACAUGCUAGGAUUUGGAUGGCUUUCAAGAAGUCAGGGUAUUGUGCGUAAUAGAAAGUAUUGGACUGAGAUGUCUGGUUACCGUGGGCGCCAAUGCUUUUCCAUCUUUUUAAAUGUGAUCUGACUUUUUCCUUUGUACAGAAGAGUAUUGUAUUUUUGAAUAGCCUACUCCCAAGUAAGAGCAAAUCUGUAUGAUAACAUUUUUUCCUCUGGACAUAAGACAUUAUAACAGCAACACGAUGUACAUUUACAAGCGGCCUUAUGUACAUUUCCCAACAAUCUUUUUAAGGCAAAAUUGUGACCAUAUGUGUAUAAUUAAAAUCGUUUUUAAUCCUUUGCCUAUGAAAAUAUUUUGGAAAAAAAAAACUUGCUUUGUAUAUUCAGUUUCUGAAAGAUAAAGAAAGUGCUUUGUAUUUUGUUGAAGUCAGUAUUUUGUAUAAAACAUUUAUGUUGACCCACUUAUUGUUUAGUGCUCAAAACUAAAAUGAACCAUGCUAUCUCUUUUGAUUGAGCAUGUGAGGAAUUUUUUUUAUUAGAGGUCUGCAGAAGAAAGGCUGUCUUCUCAGCACAUGAUUGCAUAGAAAGACUUUCUCACUUAGCCGUUCAUAUCAUGAAUCUAAACAUAACGGCUUAGAGAAUGGGGUGCCAGGCACACUGUUUGAUGUUUGAUGCUGAGUUCGAGUGUCCUCCCCCAGCAUUCUACGUUGAGGCCGUUGAAGCCAGCCUCUUGUCCCCGUCCCUGUCCCUUCUCUUUAUCACACUGUUCGUCCACCCGCUCCGGCUGCGGCUGCGGUGAGUGCAAAGCAGCUUUCAUCCCUACUUCCCCACUGGGUCUUGCCAGCCUCGGAGUGUCUUGAGUGUCUUGACCCCAUAUGGAGCGCUUAUUCCCGCCAUCAAACUGCCUUUAGGAUCAAAGCUGUCCUUGGAAAUGGGUCGUGACUUCCCCGUAUUGGCACUGUUUUAUCCCUGGUGAGUUUCUGUUGUUGUUGUUUGUUUGUUUUUCCUUUUUUUUUUUUUUUUUUUAAUCUUAGCCUCUCGGCACAGACAAAUAUCUCUGCAAAUUUAGAAAGUCUCCGAGUACAGUGUGUUUGGAAACUGACCCUCUUCCUCUUGGGGUCCUUAUGAUCCCAUGGGCGGCCCCAGUGUCAACAGCCCAGUCCUUUGGGGCCUAGUCUGGAAGAGUCCGUCAUCAUAGGAAUCGGAUGGUGUGCUGGCUUUGCCACCCACUUCCCUGGUCACCCCUGAUUUCAUAAGUUGGCGUGGAGUUUUGGUAAAAUUUGAUAUUUCAGAAUAAGGAAAUGUGAUUAACUGGGUAGAACCACCGGGGCUCUCCUGGAGCGUCUCCUUUUGAUAUGGAUUGUUUCUGGACCAGUUUGUCGAAGUCCUGGCUCUUAUUGGUUCAUAAUGAAAUAAUGUUAUCUUCACUUCUUUGUAUAUUAUGUAUAAAUUAGAAAUGAAAAAAAAUGUGUGAAUAACAUUGUAUGAAAUAAACCUGGUCUUGUGUUUUUCUCUAGAUAAAAGGC